GAGAGAGAGAGAGAGAGAGAGAGAGAGAGGAGGGCGGGGAGGGGAAGAUGAGCCGGAGCCUGGGAAUCCCCGUGAAGCUGCUCCACGAGGCGGCGGGCCACGUGGUGACGGUGGAGCUCAAGACCGGCGAGGUGUACCGGGGGUCCAUGGUCGAGUGCGAGGACAACUGGAACUGCCAGCUCGAGAACAUCACCUUCACCGCCAAGGAUGGGAAGGUGUCGCAGCUGGAGCACGUCUUCAUCAGAGGAAGCAGAGUGAGAUUUAUGAUUAUACCGGAUAUGCUCAAGAACGCUCCAAUGUUCAAGCGUUUGGAAGCGAGGAUUAGGGGCAAAGGAUCAGCUGUUGGAGUUGGCCGUGGUCGUGCAGUCGCGAUGCGUGCUCGGGCUGCUGCUGGCCGUGGUGGUGGUCCUGUGGGGCGAGGCGGCGCACCUCCGGUGAGGAGGUAGAUUUCAUGGCAUCCCACAGCUUUCUCAUCUGGCUGAGGACGUUGCUGUCUUCAAUAUCAGAACCAACGUUGUCUCAGUAGUUAAAACUGCCUAUGUGCCUCCUGUAUGAUCUAUCUGCUCAAGGGAUGGAUGCGGCUUGUUGUUAGUGUGCCUAUGUGAUGUGUUAACGGUGGGCAGAGAUAGAAGCUUGAAUGCAAUCUGUUCGUCAGCCUGUUUGGAUGAUUGGACCAAUACGUUUAUAUCCCCAUCAGCCUGCUUUCGUUGAAGUUCGGCAGUAUUCGUGGCAGCUGUUUUGAUUUGUCAGAAUGACAGUUUUAUCUGGGUAUUUU